AUGCCUGCCAAUCAACCGCAGCAGCAUUUCACCGGACACGAUAACAACACGCAAGCCGUAGUAUUAGUCCCGGCGACAAUACUUUUGACGGUACCGCUGCUGUUAUAUGGUAUCCACUUACGAGGCCGUCGCUCUUCGCCUCUCAUCUGGACUGAUGGCAUGAUCACUGCAGCUUUGAUGCUGGCCAUCGUGGACUUUAUCUUCGUCGCUAUCAGUUGCCAUUACGGACUGGGUAGACACACAAUAUACAUGGACACAGCCAGAAUAAUCAAGGCACGAUAUUUCGAUUUUCUCGCUCAGCCAGUCUGCGUGUGGUCUAUCUGCUUGGCCAAAGUCUCUAUUGCCUGGACUGCCCUAAGGACAAGACGGGAUCGAGAAUGGCGAUGGGUAUUCUGCUGGAUCAUCUUUGUGCAGCUUGUCUGUACAAUCGCGACAAACGUGAUCCAGGUUGUGCAGUGCCAACCGAUAUCCGCGCUAUGGGAUGAUGAUGUGGCAGCGCAAUGCUGGCCACCUGCGAGAACACAACUGGCUGGCUAUAUUACGCUUGGUUUCGGAGUCAUCACAAGUGUGCUUCUUACCCUCACACCUGUAACAUUUGUCAGAGGUGCAAAUCGCCCACUGCAUGAAUUGGUUGCGUUGGGCUUGUUGGUCGGACUAGGUCUCUUCGUGACCAUGGUCUCGGUAGCCAACAUGGUCUACUUGCACACCUACCGCACUUCCCAGGAUCCUCUCAGAGACACGGUAGCACCAACAGCCUGGUGGCAGAUCGAGCAAAAUCUCAGCAUUAUUGCCAGUCUAUCCAUCGGUCUCCGGACGCAGUACGAGACGUUACUGGCAAAAUGCGGGUUGAUAUGUCAAGUCAGAAUGAAUUCUACAGUCUGCCAUCGGUUGAACAGACUCGAAGAUGGAUCGCAGAUGCUCCAGAGUUUGAAGACGACGAUACCUUGGGGUCAAGUGUAUGAUUCCUCAGCUCAUCUGCCGAGUAUCGUCAAGACGACUGAAGUUGUGCAUUCGACGGAGUUGUUGAAACACGAUGAGAUGACAUUCGGGUCACCGGCUCGAAGACCUUCGUGGCAGUAG